GGAAGUCUCUCUGCCCUCCGGUUCACCAGCAGCUGUUGAAAACAUGAAUUUGAAGCGUCCUUGAGCGGGAUUUAAAGAAAGAAAAAAAGACAGACACUUAAAAAUAUUAAUAAAAAAUAAAAUGUUGUCCUCUGAAAUGUGGAUUCACAUCCUCGCCAUCGCUUUGUUUUGCUGUGGUUCGGCGGACUCGCGGAAAGUUAGAGGAAUAUCUUCGUCCUACAAACGAUUCUACAGGGAGAAGAAGUCCUUCUUGUGCAUUGAUGGCUCUAAACUGAUCCCCUUCGAGCAGGUGAAUGAUGACUACUGCGACUGCGCAGACGGCUCAGACGAGCCAGGCACCUCCGCCUGUCCUCACGGCCGGUUCUAUUGCACCAACUUGGGUUUCCGUCCACACUACAUCCCAUCGUCACGAGUCAAUGACGGCAUCUGUGACUGCUGCGAUGCUUCGGAUGAAUACAACAGCCACGCUCGCUGCCAGAACACAUGCUGGAAUCUGGGGCAGAGAGAGAGGGCGUACGUGGAGGGCCAGAUGAGGACUCUGGACGAAGGUUUGCGGCUCAAGCAGCAGCUGAUCGAGGAGGGAGUGCUGCUGUGGAGGGAGAAGCAGGCUCAGCUCAGAGAGCUUCAGCAGGUUGCUGAAGAUCUGCAGAUCAAAUUGGAGGAACAUCGACGGAAGAAACGUGAAGCCGACCGAUUCAAAGAGCAAACGCUAAGAGCGCUGAAAGGAGGAGACGGCGCUGUUAAACCAGAGAACACCCUCCUCAGCAGCAACAAAGGCGGACGUAUUUCUCUGGAUGAAGUCAAGGCUGAAGUGGUGCCUGUCCACGAUGAGGAGCGGCAUCUCGGUGAUGAUGAGGCAAUGCUUGACAGCAUCCCACAGAGUCCCCAAGCACCUGCAAGAGCAAACCGCCCUGGCAUGACUCUACCCUCCCGCCUUGGCAGCAACGCUGCCUUUGACGUGCACGCCGACGGUCGCCAAACAAACUCUGGGCGCCCCUCGUUGCCCUCCCAGCCCUCAUUACGUCGACGAAGGUCAGACGCUCAGCCCGGCUCUUCACACCAUCUGUUUGAGCUGGUUGACAUUUGGCCCUCGCCGGCACCGUCGUCUCACCUCAGAGGGAGGCUCGACCCACUUCCACUUCUAUUUUUUUUUUAUUUUGUGCAGCACACUUCUUUUAGUUUUUUUACAUGUACAAAAAAAAAAUAUCCCCUUUCUUUUUUUUUUUUUUCCCUAGCCCCGCCUCACGUUUGCCUUUUGUUGCGUGACAGCAUCUUGUUAGCUCUGUGAGGCAGAUAUCAUUGCAGCUGUGAUUGUUGGGGAUUCAGUCAAGCGAGGGGGGCACAGAGAAAAAGGACGCCUCGAAGGCUGUUCCGGCAGCGUCCAGAAGGGGGCAGCAGGCCUCCAAAUUGAGCUAAUGGAAAGUCACAUUCACAGGUCAUUUAAUCUCUUUGUUUUGUCAUGGGCUGGGCUUUUUCUGCUGUUUUCCCCCUGCCUCCAUCCUUUUUUUGGUUGUAAAAAAAUAGAAAGAAAAUGUUGUUACACUGUUUUUCCUUCCAGAUCAUGGUUUCUUAAGAUUGUAGUGAAUCAUAGGAUUUAAGGUGUCUGAUCAUAAUGUUGUUACUCUCUGUACUGUAUUUUUUGUUGUUGUAUUUUCAUCACCCAGUUACCGGAAUGUUUAAUAUCUGCAGAUGUAAGCCGUACUGAGGAUUUAAAUCUUGCUUAAGCGAGUGUUUGGGAACAUGAUGUUACCCAGCGGGCUUUCAUUCCAUGUUUGCUUACAUACUUAUCAAGCCACGUCGUAUGACUGCGGCACAAAGAAAGGAGUGCAAGCUUCUCCAGCUAGAUUACAGUUUUGCCAAACCUUGUUUGGUAUGUGGGGCUGUAACUGGACAGUGGGGGGUCGGGGGAGGGGGUCCGGCACCUUUACCACUCACUCCUCUCCUGCCAUCACACAUGUCACAUUUUUUGCUUCUCGACUGGAGUGCUUUCGAGUUAUUUAAUGCAAAAUGACAGGCUGAUACCACCGGUGAAGUUGUAGGUUUUGUACCGCCGCCGUACCAAAAAGAAAAAAAAAA